AUGUCAUCAGCUGACUUAUCUGAGGUAUCAUCAACUCCUUUCUUAAAAAAGCUUUUUUCUAUUUUAAACGACGCCGCCUUUGAAUCUGUAAGCACUUGGACUGAUGAUGGGCUCGCUUUCACUAUCAAAAAUAUCCCAGCAUUUACAGAAUCAGUCCUACCCAAAUAUUUCAAACACAAUAAUUAUUCAAGCUUUAUUAGGCAACUUAAUAACUAUGGUUUUCACAAGGUUAAGGACUCCAACCAAAUUUUUCAUCACCCUUUCUUCGCAAGGGAGAAGCCAGAGCUCUUAAAAAAAAUGACUACCAAAAAAGAUAAAGGAAUGACCCUCGCGCUGUGCCAAAAAUUGGCAAAUUCUGAGCUGGGCCCUGCAAUAGGCCAAUUAAUUCAGCUUAAUAAUCAAACUAUUGUGUCAGAAGAGCACGCGAAAAGACUGAAAAACAAGGUUGAGACCCUUUCUGAAGAAAACAAGCUAAUAGCCCAGCAGUGCUGACAGACAAACCAAAGAAUAAAAAAUGUGAAAAAUAUUUUAUAAUGUUUUGCUAUAUUUUAUUUUGCUUAUUUAUGGUAAAUUGAUUUUAAAAUGUCAAAAAAAUUUUGACAUGUCAUUAUAUAUAAAACUGAGUCUAUGGUAUGUUAAAAUUUUUUUGACAUUUUAAAAUCAAUUUACCAUAAAUAAGCAAAAUGAAAUUUAUGCAAGUGAUUAUACUUAUGAUAUAUCAGCAGUGCAAAGACAGUAGCAGCGAUAUUAUUAGCCUACGACCUAAUAUCUCAGGAGCCAUUCCUUUGCCCUUUAAUCCACCAGCAAAGCGGGUAAAGGUUGAAGGCGAAAAUGACUCUCCAAGAAGGCAAGUAGAAGAAUUAUUAUAUAUUGAGGAACCGCAGACUGUGAGAGUUGAUAGAUAA